GUCGCCGUCGAACGACGUGGAAGAGAUAGGGCGCGUCUCACCUGAAAGCACGUCAGCGCCGAGCUUCCGCGCGCGUCGCGAAACGCUUCGCCGGCGCGCCUCCAUCUCGGGUUCGCUAAACUUAGGAAAAAAGUUGUUGCUCGUCGAGAGUGCAGGGACCGCCGAUACACUGACAGUCGGUGCGCGCGCUUCGCUCAAAACGGGCCGGACCAGGUUUGAGCCCAUGGAGUGAUGUAGGCGUUUCCACGAGCUCCUGCUCAGGGGCAGAAAUGUCUUGUCGUAUUGGUGGCACCGGAGACUGGCGCCGUUGUGUCAGUGGUGUCUAGCACAGGAUGGUUCCGGAAAUGUGGCGGCGGUUUAUGGUGGCAGGGUCCCACGGAGCCUAAAAUAUAAAAAAAAGUAAUCAAGAGAGAAGAAAGCACCGAAAGAACCGGAAGUGACGACGCUUAUUGCGUGUGCAUCGAGAGGAGGACCUUGCCCAUUGCCUCCCCAGGUCUUUGCGGCACCGACACCGCCUCCUGAUAGAUGAAGGCCAGCUUGGAACUUGUGCACUUCGCACUCGGCCUGUGCUUCUUUUGUUUCACAACUGUCCUAGGCAACUGGGAAGAAUGGUGGACCUAUGACGGAAUCUCAGGUCCCGACUUCUGGGGCCUGUUGAACCCGGACUGGAACCUGUGCAGCAAGGGUCGACGUCAAAGUCCUGUCGACCUGAACCCGAACACGUUGCUCUUCGACCCUCACCUAAAGCCCCUGCACGUCGACAAGAGCAGAAUCAGUGGCAUCAUCACCAACACGGGCCACGGCGUAAUCUUCCGCGUGUCGGACAGCCUGGCGCCUGGCCUCGCGGUCAACAUCUCGGGAGGCCCGCUCUCCUACCAGUACCGCUUCCACGAACUGCACAUUCACUACGGCCGCUCUGACGACCGCGGCUCCGAGCACACCAUCGCCGGGAAGCCAUUCCCUGCCGAGUUGCAGAUUUUCGGUUACAACUCGGACCUGUACGCCAACAUGUCCGAAGCCGUGGAGCUACGAAGGAGUGAGGGCCUUGUCGGGAUCUCCAUCUUGCUCCAGCUUGGCGAUUUAUCCCAAUCCGAACUACGAGUCCUGACGGGCCAGCUUCAUCGGAUAACAUACAGAGGCCAGGAGGCGGCCAUGAAGCACCUGUCAAUCAAGGAGCUGCUUCCGGAGACGGACCACUUCAUGACGUACGAAGGGUCGCUCACCAUGCCCGGCUGUCACGAGACGGUCACAUGGAUUGUCCUCAACAAGCCGAUAUACAUCACCAAGCAACAGCUCUACCUUCUGCGAAAGCUGAUGCAAGGCGACGAGCUGAACGCCAAGGCUCCGCUGUCGGACAACUUCCGGCCCACACUUCCGGUCAAUCAGAGACUCGUUCGAACCAACAUUGACUUCAAGUGGAAACAGGGCUCCAACUGCCCAUCCAUGUACAAAAAUAUGUAUUAUCAAGCAAACACGAAGUUCGUAGGACCGUGAAGAUGUGACGACGACGCUGCCCACGAAUUGGGCGAACCCCGGAUGUGCCGGGACACUGUUCGACGCCCGAGAGCUUAGAAGAAGAGGCGACUUCAACCACCACUUCGGCUGCUGUUCUGUGCGUGUGUGGCGUGCGUUCUUCA